ACUAACAAAACCGGUGUCUCAUCACCAUCUUUCUUUCCUUCGCGGUACCAUUCGUGGACGCGUGUCCGUCAGGAUCGGAGGUGCUUUCAUUACGCACUGUAUCGUGUAAAUUUCGUUUAUGUUUUCGGGGUAGUUUGAUAAUUUCUACAAACGUAGAUAACAUCAACUACUAAGUUUUUGUUUUCACCUUGCGUAAACUUUCGGGAGUUCGGUGUUAGACGUGGCGUAGAAACUUAGUUUCACAAAUAGUUAGCAGAGGCCUACGUGGUUCAAUAUCAUUUACGAAUGGUUCUAUAAAAUGGCUCGUGUUUUGUGAAAAUUUGCUGCUGCUGAGGCAUCGUCAACCAACAGGGGUCACUUUUUUAGCGCCACCGAGAACUACGCGCAUCCGACGUCAGCUGGGAACAUUCUCCAUUCGGGCAACAGCACUUCUAUCAACGGUAUUUCGCCAGUCCCCCGCAGGAUGCGUCCACGGAUUGAGAACUCCAUUGGCGACGAUGCCAUGGAAAGCUGCGGCUAUCUGAAGUUCACUGAUCAAAACAUGAGGUCCGGCUUCUUGCAGAGUCUCAGCACGAUGCGUAAAAAUCGUCUGUUCUGCGACGUGAUCCUGCUGGUUGAGAACACCGAAAUCCAUGCGCACCGGAACGUGCUCGCAUGUGUCUCACCGCAGCUGAUGGAACUGUUCAGCACGGACGCGGGUACGGUGUACGGUGCGGCCGCGGCCAGCGACGCCAAGCUGCCGUGCUACCGGCUGAACGGACAGAUCACGAAACCCGGCCUGAAGUAUCUGGUCGAGUACGCCUACACCGGAUCAUUGGAAGUGCCCGAUGAGAUGAUCCGCGAUGUCUAUCUCGCUGCGUGGCAGCUGAAGAUCGACAGUGUGGUGAAGGAGUGCGCCCGGCAUCUGGUCGCAGAGCUGGAACCGGACAUUUGCAUCGAGACGCGGUCGCUGCCGGGCAUCGAGCGCAACCGGCGCUUCGUGCAGGAGGUAGACGCGUACAUCGCCAAACACUUCCAGCUCGUCUCGGAGACGGCCGGUUUCCUGCAGCUGCCGUGCAUCCUGAUCGAGGUGCUGUACCAGACGCGCCAGGAGAUGUCGCUGGUGGCCGAAUCGUCCCUAGGUCGGCUGGUGGUCGACUGGAUUCGCCGACAAAUGACUGAGGACGACGUAUCGGUAUCCACCUUGCUGGAGCGUUCCCAUAUGCUGUAUUUGGCGCUGGAUAAUUCCUUGCAGGAUUGCGCCGAUCUGCCACCCGGCCAGGAGUCCGAGAGCGAUCUGGUGCAGGACUAUAAGCGGCUGGUGCUCAAGGGCCCGAACAACAAGAAGCACCGCAAGGCACUGAAGACCCCCGGACGUCCGCGGAUGAUUCUUUACAGUCGCGACAUUGGCGAUCGGAGCGAGACAACCGAGGAGGCGGCCCCAACCGAGAUGGAUUGGAGUUUGGUGGGAUGCAGCAAAUUAUCGGAUCAUACGUAUGUUGCACUGGUUACACUGAACGGGAACCUAACCCGGCUGUCGAUACAGCUGAAGCUGAAUGUGCCGACAACACCAUCACCGAUCAAUACACCGGACGUGAUGAGCACGAGCGUGAGCCGCGACGAAGAUCUGGAUGAAUGCCAACGGCCGGAGCUGUUCUGCGAGGUGGCCACCAUGUCCGGACCGAAGUGUGGCCUGGGCGUAGCCGAGCUUGAGGGCAAACUUCUCGUGUGCGGUGGCUAUGAUCGGGCCGAGUGUCUUCGGUCGGUCGAGUCCUACUGUCCGGAGACGAACAGCUGGACCCAGCAGUCCAACAUGGGUGAAGCACGCGGCCGCGUCCAAAUUGCGGUGAUCGAAGGGACGGUGUACGCGGUCGGUGGGUGCAACGGCACGACGGAGCUCGACUCGGUCGAGUAUCUCGCGAAAAGUGAACGCAAGUGGAAGAAGAUGUGCAAACUACCUCUGGCUAGGAGCAACGCCGGUGUGUGUGCCCUGGGUGGGAAGAUUUAUUGCAUCGGUGGAUGGAACGGGCAGAGCGGUAUCAAGCAGUGCGACGUGCUGAAACCGGACGAGAACCGAUGGUACUCGAUCGCACCGCUCCACACCGGCCGCUACCAGGCGGGUGUAACCGCUUUCGGCGGUAGUCUGUGGGUUGUGGGGGGCAGUGAUGCGUGGAACUGUCUUGCCUCGGUGGAGGUGUACGACCCGGAGGCCAACCAGUGGACAUUUGGUCCAUCACUAUCGACGGCAAGACGUGGCUGCGGGUUGGCGGAGUUUAACGGAAAACUGUACGCAGUUGGAGGCAGCGAUGGAACGCACUCCCUAAACACCACCGAGUGCUACGACGAGGAGAGCAAAUCGUGGAACGCCGGACCAAAUCUUACCUCGCCGCGUUCGAACGUGUCUGUGGCGGUGGUGCAGGGUCGGUUAUAUGCGAUCGGUGGUUUUUCGGGCAAAACGUUCCUCAGCACAGUCGAGUACCUUGAUCCUGCGACGAACGAGUGGACCACCUUCGUGCCCCAAACCAGCGCCAACAUCGAUUCGCUGCUUGAGAACUCACUCCGUGCGGCUCUACAAAACGUGCAGCGGUCGACUUCGUCCACUUCAUCCUCGCCGGAUCAUCUGAGCGGAGGUUGCAAUGGGGGUGGAACUAGCGAAAACACCUUCAAACCGAUCCAGACCACGCUCAACAACGAGUAUAACCGACAACAACACUCACCGAAGGUUACCACCACAUCGGUAGCAACCUUGUCACCGGCAGUGGCCAGCACCAAAACGGCCCUGUUGGACGACGACGAGGACGACGUCGUCACGCUCCAUGACAUAAACGGGGACCUGAACGGGACGAAGACGGCACAGGAGAACAGUAUUAGCUUGCUGAAGCAGCUGGCCGCAAACAAGUGUACGGAGAUUGCCAACGGUGGCAGUAACUCCAGCUAACCGGCGCUGGCAGCUACCACCAUCACCGCCGGGGACUCGACGCUGACGGGUGCGCUGAAGGCAGCGAUAAGCGGCAGCAAUCUGCUGCUCGCGGAUUCCGAGGAAGACUGCAGUCAUCUCGGCGACGAGGUGGACUAAUGAGAUGACGGCUGCAUGCUAAGAGAUGCGCCGUAAACUCAACCACAACAUACACACACACAGAAUACAUUUCCUGGCUAUUUUGGCGAACUUUGCUCCGUUUUUGAUGGAUGUUUUUUUUCCUAAUAACUACAAAUACGUGACGUGUUUACACGCAAACGCUUAACAGUGGAAAAGCAUUAGAACUAGACACAAGGGGAGAGUGUAAGCGCUCAGGCUUUUUAUAAUAACCGAAAAAUACAACCGUCGAUUACAGAAAACAGAGCAAACUACAUCAAGCUAAAAAAGGGAAACAAAAAGAUGAAGUAAAGUUCGAGUACAUGAGGCAAACAGCUAUUGUAAACUACUGAUAUAAUAUUCUAGGCGAUAAGUGACUGUCAUUUUCGGUUAAUUAUGCUUUUUUCUCCUAAUAUAUCAGUGGCACACAUUCUAAUGUGUUUGCGGCCUUACGUGGAUUAUCCACGUGGGAGCUAAAUUUAGUGAAUUAGUACAUGCAGGGCGAAAUAUGCCGAGGACAAAAGGGAAUUAAAAUAAAACGGCUAAAGAUGGAUGAUCUUUCAUACAGGCGCAACAAUACACUCCUGCUAGGAUUAGUGUAUUUGUCUUCAGUUUGCUUUACAUCCUCGCUGGCUCCUCUUUUUAAUGCUUCGAUUAGUUUUUAGAGCGACAAUGAAAUGUGAAUGUGUUGCUUUCGCAAUAUAAGGAUUGUUAAAAAAAAUCGUACACUCGUUUAAUGCACCCUUACUUAUCACGUCGUCGGCCAAACCGUACGAAGGUCAUAAAUGCUUUGCAGGAGUUAAAGUUAUGCUUGUGCCUGGAGCGACCGGUGCACGACGAUGUGGUGAGCUUAGUUUUUAUUGAAGGACCAAUUAUUGUCGAUGUUUCAACUGUCUGCACUCUGUACUUCUCGGUCAACAGUUGAGCGCGUGAGUUGCAAAUUACAUGGCUCAUAUUUUGCACAUAGUGUUUAAGUCCCUGAGCGGAAUCUUCCUACGCAUUCCUGGAGGAUAUGUUGAUUGUUUACAUCCAACGAGCUGCUUUAGGUCAGUAGAUGACGGAGAAAGAGUACUAUACAUGUGAGAGAGGAUGUCCAGUUAUUUAUGAAGUGAAAUACAAAAAAGUGGUCUGAAAAAAGGCACGAACACAUGUUGUCGUUAGUGAGGCCGAGCAAAUGUUGCCCUCAUUUAAAAAUUAAAUGAAUAACAACUAACUGUAUCUGGAACAAUGGUUUAUACUAAGCACUAAAUUCAAGCUCGGAGAAGUUUAAUUGUGAACGUCGUAAAAUAGCAACAGCAGCAUGCCACAUAAAGAGUAGGUACAAUUCACCUAGUAUACUUCAGCAAUGACAGAGUUAUAGAGAGAAACACUUUCUGAGCUGGACUGGACGCAACCAGGGCAAAAUGUCUGCAUAGUGUGGUAUGUUAUCUUUUUACGCAACUAUGGAUCAUUACUAUUGAACCUAAUAUAAGCAACCGAACCGAACGAAAACUAAAUAAUUGUAAUUCGGCUUUUCGGUCAAUGAUUUUUGAAACAAAUAAUGAAAUGCACCGAAUAUCUUAUUCCGACA